AUGGACACCAACGCCUCCUCCAUGAAUCGAUCGCCGCCGCCGUACCCAACCCCACAUCGCACCGUCGAUUUCUCUCCGAUUGAGUUCAUUCUCGGCCUCGUCGCCGUCAUCACAAUCCCUGCCCUAGCCUACUCCUUCAUCUUCGCCAUCAAGUGCCCCCCCAAUUUCCUCCGUCUCUGGCGGCAAAGAUCCACCAGGCUCUCCGCCGCCGGCGUCACCAUGGUGGUCGGAAAUCGUACUCCUUCCAGUGACGUGGCUGCUGCCGUUAAAUACAACAAAGACGAGCACUGUAAGGAAGUAGGCACCGAGUGUCCAGUGUGCCUGUCGGCGUUCGACGAUGGUGAAGAGAUCCGGCAACUCGCCACCUGUAAACACUCUUUUCACGUCGAUUGUAUCGAUAUGUGGCUCUACUCUCACCCUAAUUGUCCUGUUUGUCGAGCCGCCGUCCCGGUCACUGUUAAGCGGCCGAUUAACAACCACGCGCCGCGGCGGCCUGCGGCUUCUAGAAGCGACGAUUUCCACCAAGGACUGCCGGAUGCCGGAUAUUUAGUUUGA